AUGUCGCAGAACGAGAAAUUAUUUUCUAAAUGGUCCUCAGCAUUUGAUUCAGCAAGACACAAGCUUCUUGCUAUAAGAAGGAAACGAGAAAGAGAACCAAAAGUUUCGGUUAACCACCGUUUGAUCGACGGAAAGAUUGAAGCUUACGAAAUGCCUCUCGACCCUCACGGACUGGUACAAGCAAAAUUAACUGCUAUUAUGGAUAAUUGGAGUGUUCGGUUGCGAGUUAUUAUUGAAUUAGAUGUUAUUGUGGAUACAAGAAGUGUAUGUCGUCCUGAUAUUUGUGUUCGACCAUUGAAUCGCCAUCAACCUCAAUCCUCACGAGCAGUCAAUUCAUCAGGAAAUCCAUAUUCUACUCUGGUGGUUGAGAUUGGCAAUACUGAAAGUCUAAACAGUUUACACGAAUUGACAGCAAAAUAUUUUUCUCAACGGACUACUAUCCAAAUUUAUUUAGCCAUCAAGUUGUACCCAACUCGCCAGGAUGAAUAUCAAAUUGAUAUACCUACUGUACUACUUUUUAACGAUGUUCCUGGCGGUGUUCCCGGUGGUGUACCCAAUAACUAUAUUAUAGAUCUAUGGAGAUUGCAAGAUGCAAUUCUGACAAUUUAA